AUGGAGGAGACAUUUGUACCAUUUCGAGGGAUCAAGAAUUAUCUUAAAGGAAGAUUGUUGUGUUACAAGCAAGAUUGGACUAGUGGCUUCACUGCAGGAUUCAGGAUACUUGCCCUCACAACUUACAUAUUCUUUGCAUCAGCAAUUCCAGUGAUAGCAUUCGGGGAAAAACUGGACAGAAACACAAAUGGCAUCUUGACUGCAGUUCAAACAUUGGCAUCUACUGGACUCUGCGGAAUCAUACAUUCCUUUUUGGGUGGCCAUCCAUUGCUGAUUCUUGGAGUAGCUGAGCCAACUGUGCUUAUGUAUACAUUUAUGUUCAACUUUGCCAAAAGCCAAGAAAAUUUGGGCUCCCAUUUAUUUUUGGCUUGGGCAGGAUGGGUAUGUGUCUGGACUUCACUUUUGUUGAUCUUGUUGGCAAUCCUGGGUGCAUGCUCAAUCAUCAAUAGGUUUACCCGCGUAGCCGGUGAACUUUUCGGUUUGCUGAUUGCAAUGCUGUUCACGCAAGAGGCUAUUCGUGGCCUUGUGAAUGAGUUUCGUGUCCCAGAUAGGGGAAAUGUAAAACUUGAGCAGUUCCAACCCUCAUGGCCUUUCGCGAAUGGAACGUUUGCGUUGGUUCUCUCAUUUGGACUUCUAUUCAGUGGACUACGGAGCCCCAAAGCCCGAUCUUGGCGUUAUGGGACAGGAUCACUGCGAGGUCUUAUUGCUGAUUAUGGAGUACCAUUGAUGGUCAUUGUGUGGACUGGAGUUUCAUAUGCUCCAGUCAAUCAUGUUCCAAGUGGAAUUCCCCGGCGGCUUUUCACUCCUAAUCCAUGGUCACCUAAUGCCUAUGCCAACUGGACAGUUGUUAAGGAUAUGCUUGAUGUGCCAUUUAUAUAUAUCAUUGGAGAAAUAAUUCCUGCUACAAUGAUUACCGUGCUUUAUUAUUUUGACCAUAGCGUGGCAUCCCAACUUGCCCAACAAAAGGAAUUCAAUUUGAAGAAGCCAUCUUCAUUUCAUUAUGACAUGCUUCUGCUGGGAUUUUUGGUUAUUUUAUGUGGUCUACUUGGUAUACCGCCUUCAAAUGGUGUUAUUCCUCAAUCGCCCAUGCACACUAAAAGUUUAGCUACUCUCAAACAUCAGUUGGUGCGCAAAAGGUUAGUAAGAACAGCUCAUGAAAGCAUUCGGGCUAAUUCCAACUUAGGGGAGUUAUAUGGACACAUGCAAGAAACUUACCAGCAAAUGCAAACUCCAUUGGUGUACCAGCCACCACCUACCUGGGCACUUAACCAAUUAAAGGAUACCACUAUUCAGUUAGCUGCAAGUGAUAAAACUAUAGAUGCUCCAGUUGAUGAAUCAGUUUUCAAUGUUGAGGACAUAGAUGACCUCCUACCCAUUGAAGUUAAGGAACAAAGACUUAUUAACUUGUUGCAAGCUAUAAUGGUGGUUUGUUGUCUUGGUGCAAUGCCUGUCCUUAAAAAGAUCCCCACUUCUGUCCUUUGGGGUUACUUUGCUUUCAUGGCCAUAGAGAGUUUGCCUGGAAAUCAAUUCUGGGAAAGGAUACUGCUUGUAUUCACUGCUCCAAGCCGUAGAUUCGUGGUUCUGGAGAAGCAUCAUGCUUCAUUCAUUGAAAAAGUGCCUUUCAAAAGAAUUGUGAUGUUUACUAUAUUCCAGACAUGCUAUUUACUGGCUUGUUUUGGCAUAACCUUGAUUCCCACAGCUGGUGUGCUUUUUCCAUUGCUUAUAAUGUUGUUGGUGCCUAUAAGACAGUAUGUUCUUCCAAGGUUUUACAAAGGACCACAUCUUCAAGAAUUGGAUGCAGCUGAGUACAAAGAGUCACCUGCAAUACCAAUCGACACAACAAAUAGUGACGCUGGUGGGUCAAAAGCAGAUGAAGGUGAAAUUUUGGAUGAGAUGAUUACACGAAGCCGUGGUGAAAUUAGACACACGCGUAGUCCAAAGAUAACUAUUUCAAGUGAAAGCGCAAAGCCUGGUGAAGCCAGGAAUACUUUUAGUCCACAUCUUGGAGAAUCUGAACGAGUAUAUAGUCCUCGCAUCAAUCAGCUCAGGCAUAUGAGUAGGGGAGAGUCUUUGGUAGUAAACCCUAAUUUGUCACCUCUCAAAAUCAUACCCUGUAGUUUUGAAUAA